CCGUGUUUCCUGCCCGCCGCGUGAGGGGAGGAAGCGAAGGGCUCAGCAGGGGCGUACCCAGGAAGUGCCGCACUCAACCCUGCUGCUUUGGCCCGAGGGCAGCGCGGGGCGCGAGCGGGGGGCCUGCUGCUGGUGCUGAUCAUGUCGGCUAGAAACCCGGGCACAGAGCUGGACCUUGGCUCGAUCUCAAGAGUGCAAGUGAAUCAACCUGCAGUUAUAAGGCAUGCAGAACAAAUUCAGGCACGAAGAACUGUGAAAAAGGAUUGGCAAGCUGCUUGGCUACUGAGAGCUGUCACCUGCAUAGACCUCACCACCCUCUCAGGUGAUGACACCCCUUCAAACAUUCACAGGCUUUGUUACAAAGCCAAACAUCCAAUCAGAGAGGAUCUUUUGAGAGCCAUGAAUAUGCAUGAUAAAGGUAUUACUACAGCAGCUGUCUGUGUGUAUCCAGCUAGAGUAGCUGAUGCUGUUAAAGCACUCAAGGCUGCUGGUUGUAACAUACCAGUAGCUUCAGUGGCAACUGGGUUUCCAGCUGCACAGACUUCACUGAAAAACCGAUUAGAAGAGAUUAGGAUAGCAGUGGAAGAUGGUGCCAGAGAGAUUGACAUUGUAAUUAACAGAACCCUUGUGCUGACUGGCCAGUGGGAAGGCCUCUAUGAGGAGAUCCGUCAGUUUCGUCAGGCCUGUGGAGAUGCUCACAUGAAAACAAUCUUGGCAACAGGAGAGUUGGGAUCACUUACCAAUGUCUACAAAGCCAGCAUGGUAGCGAUGAUGGCAGGUUCUGAUUUUAUUAAGACCUCUACAGGAAAAGAAGCAGUUAAUGCCACCCUUCCAGUAGGCAUAGUCAUGGUACGAGCUGUUAGAGAUUUCUACUGGAAAACUGGCAACAAGGUUGGAUUUAAACCUGCUGGAGGCAUUCGUAGUGCAAAGGAUGCUCUUACCUGGCUCGUAUUGAUGAAGGAGGAGCUAGGAGAUGAGUGGCUGAAACCAGACCUCUUUCGCCUAGGUGCCAGUACUUUGCUGUCCGAUAUCGAGAGACAGAUUUACCAUCAUGUGACUGGCAGAUAUGCAGCUUACCAUGACCUGCCAAUGGCUUAGCCAUAUGAGUAAUUCAGGAUGACUUUUAUAAAGAGAAUUUUAAGAAAAUAAUAUCCUAAAGUCUUUCCUGCAACCGAGUCCAAAAGUGCAUAUAAAAGAACCAAUUCUCUGUCUUCAUAUUUUUGUUGUAUUUAAAAAUAUGUUCAAGUCUA